GUAUGUGCAUGUGUAGUGGAGCUGUGAGAUAGCAGUAGGUUUAGGCUUACAGAGGAUACAGAGAGGGGCUGACUGGACUGAUCCCCCCCAACAGUGCUACAUUCGCUACGCUGGCCACAUCUGACAGCUGCCAAGAGGGUUCAAGAGAGCUGCUGGAAUUGUCCGCAAGGGAAGCUCACCUCCGGAUUCUAGGCAGGACUUUCCGGGAAUCUUCCCUGCAAAUCCAGGAGAGAUGUCCCCGGCUCUGCAGCUCCUGAUUGGCUUGCUGUAUCACAUGGCAUGCGGGGGGGCGGUGCCGGGUCACAUGACACAGGGGCCCGUAGAGCACCGCUCCGCCUUCUCCGUGGCCCGGACCAGCAGCAUGGAGGGGGGCCCCAAGAUGGUGGUGACCUUCGACAAGGUCUACGUCAACAUCGGGAACGACUUCGACCCCAAGACCGGUAUCUUCCGCUGCAGAAUCCCCGGCGCCUACUACUUCUCCUUCACGGUGGGCAAGUUUCCCAGGAAGAACCUGUCCGUGAUGCUGAUGAAGAACAAGAACGAGGUGCAGGUCAUCGUCUACGACGAGCACCACAGCAAGGAGAGGAAGGUGCAAAGUCAGAGCGCCAUGCUGCAGCUGGAUUUCGGGGACACCGUGUGGCUGCGGCUGCACGGAGACCCCAGAUACGCUCUGUACAGCAACACGGGGCCGUACACCACCUUUAACGGGUACCUGAUCUACCCCGACACCUACUCCUUCCAGAGGAACAGCCUGUCCUACCAGGAGCUCAGGCACGGCCCUGUGGGCCAAGGGCCAGCUGACUGCGCCGGGGCUCAGCGCCUGGACCACAUGCUCUCCGACCAGCCAGCGCGCCGCGAGGAAGAAGAAGAGGGUGAGGAGGAGGAGGAGGAGGAGGGGGACCCCAGGUCGGCCUUCUCCACGGCCAGGACCCAGAGCGUCACGGGGGAGGACCAAGGCGCGCUGGAGCACAGGCCCAUGACCUUCGACACGGACUUCGUCAACAUCGGCGGCGACUUCAACGCCUCGGCCGGCGUCUUCACCUGCAGGGUGCCCGGCGCCUACUACUUCUCCUUCACCAUCGGCAAGCUGCCCCACAAGACCGUCUCCGUGAAGCUGAUGAAGAACAGCCUGGAGGUGCAGGCCAUGAUCUACGACGACAGCCGCUCCAAGAGGCGGGAGAUGCAGAGCCAGAGCCUGAUGCUGUCUCUGAAGAAGGGAGACACCGUCUGGCUCUACAGCCACCAGCACGAGGGCUACGGCGCCUACAGCAACCACGGCAAGUACAUCACCUUCACCGGCUUCCUCGUCUACCCGGAGCUCCCACGGCCCCGAACGCAGAACGCCGCCAAGGAAAAGAAUGAAAUAUGAUCCUGCCGCCUGUGCCCCCUUAAUUUAUUGAGUGAGUGUUUCUAUUCCCUUUUCCUCCCUUGGAAACGUGAUGGAUUGUGCGGAGUGAGACGUCGCCUUUCCUGUCCCUCUGCCCUUUUCUCCCACCCCAGAAGCAUGUGAAAGGACUGCAAACCGCCCCCCCCCCCGCCCCUCCUUCCGUCUUCGUGUGUGAAGAUCAGUUUUCUCCCCUGCUCGGAGACAGCAGUGCGCGCGAGCUGGCUUUCUGGGGACUGACAGCAGAAAGUAACUGGAAAUGCUUUCCACUGCAAACCAAAAAAAAAAAAAAAUUAAUGGCUGAACAUUUGGUUCUCGUCUGGUUGUCAUUAAUCUGACCUGAGCUUGCUCUGUCACUGUUCAGAGGAAUUUCCACUUCAGACAGUGAGAUUUCCAAUUUGAAGUAAAGAACAAAUAAUCCAACUGUAGUUUAUCGGGCCGUUAUGUUUUUAGAUGUGUUUGUCACGCAGAACAUAGAAUUCCUUCUUUACAAUUAAGCGCUCAUUUAUGAUCCUCCCAGAGGAAUUCGGGGGCUUUGACAAACUACCUUGUUCAAUCUGGGAAGAUAAUCUACCCGAGAAGCGUUGCUGCCUCUCUCUCUCUGGAAAGUCUGGGCUGCUGGUGUUGUUUUUUCAGGGUUUUUUUUAUUUUUCAAAAAAGUUUACAAACCUGCCGUUGAACAGACACAAGCACAUUCUCUUUUCUGCCAGACAUCAAAACCUUUAAUAGGUACGAUGUGCCUGUUACGGACUGUUUCAUGGUAGAGUAUAAAAAGGAGUAAGUGCUCUUAUUUAAUGGGAAGAGAGAAUAUAUUAAUACACUGUAUUUGGUUUGUUCUUACAUUUGGUGGAUCGUGAGAAUCCAUCAUUGCCAUUUUGUGGUGUUUCUAAUGCACAUGGGUUAACAAAAAGCAGUCAACUUCAAAUAAAUCCCUAAAAUAAUAAUUGAGUGACUUAUAAUUUUAGGCUAAUGCUAUAUUUGAUUUCAUUUGUGAUUCUCAUUUUAGUAGUUUUAGCAAUUACCAGACAAAUAAAAAUGAUUAAAGAAAUAACAGACUGAAAUUGUUAGUAUGUUACAGCAGUUUUUCUAUGAAAAGUGGGUAAAUACAAAUUAUUUAACUGAUACUAAAAAGGGCUUGAGUGAUCUAGAAACAAAAAAGUUUUUGUUGCUUUCCAGAAUUUUUAAACAGGCAAAAGGAUUUAACCCAUAAUGAUCAGCUGCUAAAAAGGUAUUUUCACGGGAACCAUUCCUUCGUACUUUUAAUAAUCAAGCACAUCAGAGCUGCCCAGCGCAAUUUAAAAAGUUUUUAUUGAACUAGCAGAGGGAAAAGAAGGCGUUCUGGGAAGAUAAAUGAAAGCUGGUAAAAAUGCAGGUCCACCUUCUGCUGAAGGAACUGCUAAGGUAAGGACUGGGCAGUCCUGGUCCUGCUCUACUUGUGUCUCCAGAUUUUCCAUGGAUCUUUAAAGCAGCAGCCCCACCAGCACACCUGAAGCUGUUGAAUCCCUCCCAUUAAGCCAACAGGGAGCUGAGCUGGAACGAGAACCUGGCGCCAGAUCGCCUCACACCCGGACUGGGUGAUGAUGAGAGUCUGAUGGUCUAAUAGGACACGUCAGACGAAACUGCGCACUGCGGCGCAUCAGAAUGAAAGUGCAUGUACUGUACAUAUGACUCAACUGGGAAUAUUAUUCCCACGGACAAAUGACGACUCACCACCGAAUGAACGCUGGCGGGUGUCCUUACAAUUUUACUCUCUAAAACUGUAUGCACCGUACAUUCUAGGGUGGCACAUUGCGCCCCCUGUCGGACAUCAGCGGGGUCUAGCCUGUAGAUGCGAUCUUCUCUCUCGUGUCCGUGCGUGCGCCGGCUUCCAGCGCGCUCCACGGCGCCCGGCUCGCGUCCAGAUCCACCUUGCCGAGUUGCCGGGCGCCCCCUUACGUACCGAAUUUAAAAGCGCUACUCUCGCCCGAGAGUGUGCGACACCUGAUCUGCGCCGGCGCUGCCCUCUCCCUGAACGACAUUGACCGUGACAAACCCGCAGUGUCAGGUCCGCUCAUCACCCUACUUGGCCGGGGUGAAAAGCGCAGAUCCGCGAGAAAAGCUGAGCUGCCCGGAAAAAAAUGGCUUUGAAAUGAAGUUGAAAAGAAGACAACCCCAGGAAGUUAGAAAAACAGAACAUGGAAAAAACGUGACUGCAAUGUCAAAGUAAACAUUAUUUUGUAUUUCUACUCAAAAGUGGACCGUUGCGUUAAACUGGAUGUGACAUUUUGGUUACUUGUACUUUUUAUCACCCGAUGAAGCACAUGACACACAAAAAAACUAACUUUUAUAAGACAUAUAUCCAUUGUGCUCUCUUACGUAAAAAAAAAAGAAAUAAUUCAUUGAGCUGUGCAAAAAAAAUAUUGUAAAUGGUCCUUUUGAAAAAAAUGGAUGCUAAAUGUGAAACUUGCUUGUGUACAUGAGACGUUUAAAAUAAAGAUGAUUGUUAAAAGGGAAGAA